AUGGAAAAAUCAGACAAAGUUGUACUUAACGAAAGAUUAAAAGAAAUCUCAAAAUAUAAUGUGAAAAUUCAUAACUGGUCUAAAACUGCAUAUAGUACUCCAGAAUUAUAUUUCGAACCGGAAUUUGAAGAUGAUAUCGUAAAGAUAAUUGAACUCGCCAAGAGAAAUAAUAAGAAAGUUAGAGCGAUUGGUGUGGCUCAUUCACCUUCGGAUCUGCCAUUUUCUGAUGGGUAUAUAAUUAGUAUGGCUAAAUUAAAUAAAGUCAUUGAGACUAUAACUGUAGAAGCUGGAAUGGAAAUAUCGCAAUUAAAUGAAGAACUUAUAAAACAUGGGUUGGCAUUGAGUAAUUUGUGUUCUAUUUCCGAUUUAACUAUUGCUGGUAUGAUUUCUACUGCAACUCAUGGAACUGGAAUUAACUUUGGAUGCCUUAGUACGCAGAUUAAAUCUUUAACAUUGUUUACUGAAUCUUGUGGUAUAAUGUAUUGUUCGGAAACCGUAAAUUCUGAUAUUUUCAAGGCUGCUUUAUGCAGUUUAGGAGCGUUGGGAAUCAUUACACGAGUUACGGUUCAAUGUGAAAAUGCGUUUCUUCUUGAAACGAAUCAAACGCCGGCAAAAUUAAAUUACAUUUUGGACAAUCUAGAUUUUAUUGUUCAUUCGGCUGAACAUGUUAGGUUUGGGUGGUUUCCACAUACUGAUGACUGCAUUAUCUGGAAAGCAAAUCGCACCAACAAAGUAAUAAAAUCAAAUAUCAUCAUUUCUUGUGAUGCUUCAAGAGUAUUAAUUUAUAAUUUAUCAACUUUUGUCGUAACAGAAACCAUCACCACAAAAAAUAUCUUACAUUCGUGA